AUGCCUUACCCAGAGACAGCAGAGGGUUUCAUGGUCCAGAGCCAGAAGGACUGGAAGAACUUCAAGAAGCAAGAGUUCAAGCUCAAGCCAUUCGAGGACCGCGAUAUCGACAUCGCCAUUGAGUGCUGCGGUGUCUGCGGGUCCGAUGUCCACACCAUCAAUGGCGGCUGGGGCGACGCUCCCAUGCCGCUGUGCGUGGGUCACGAGGUCAUCGGCAAGGCAGUCAAGGUUGGCAAGGACGUCAAGACCGUCAAGGUCGGCGACCGCGUCGGUGUCGGUGCACAGAUCCAGGCAGAUUUGACCUGCGCGAACUGCAAAGCGGACCAGGAGAACUACUGCCCGAAUGCGGUGGAUACGUACGGCGCUCCGUACAAGGAUGGCACGAUCGCUCAGGGCGGCUAUGCUUCCCACAUUCGCGCACACGAGUACUUCACCUUCAAGAUCCCGGACGCCAUUGAGAGCUCCAUCGCCGCGCCCAUGAUGUGCGCCGGUCUCACCGUCUAUAGCCCUCUCGUCCGCCUAGGUGCCGGUCCCGGCAAGAAAGUCGCCAUCGUCGGACUCGGCGGCUUAGGCCACUUCGCCGUCAUGUUCGCCGUCGCCCUCGGCGCCGAGGUCUACGUCCUCUCCCACUCGCCCAACAAGAAGGACGACGCGCUGAAGAUGGGCGCGAAGCACUUCGUCACCACCAACGAGGAGGGCUGGGAGAAGCCGUACGCCUUCACCUUCGACUUCAUCCUUAACACCGCCGACGCCAUGCACCACUUCGAUAUGAAGAAGUACUUUAGCACGCUCAAGGUCAUGGGCCGCUUCCACACUGUCGGCCUCGGUGACGAGCCCAUCCCAACCUUGAUGGCGCAAGACUUUGCGCCGAACGGCUGCUACCUGGGUGCUUCGCAUAUCGGCAACCGCCCGGAGAUGCUUGCUAUGCUUGACUUGGCGAGCAAGCAGAACAUCAAGAGCUGGAUCGAAGAAAUUCCGAUCAGCGAAGAGGGCUGCGCCAAGGCUGUUACCGGCGUAUCUGAGAACAAGGUACGGUACCGAUACGUGCUCACCAACUACGACGCCCAGUUCGGCGACCGAUCGUAG